AUGAAUGGGGUAUCUCAAGGACUAGUGUUUAAUUUCAAGGUGGUGGGAAGAGGAAAGGGAUUUUCGUUGGGAUGGAGGGGAUUGUCCUUGGAAUGGUGGGCAAUGAGAUGGCUGGGAACAAAGGUUGUGCAUGCCAACUUGGGGAGUACUGUUGGCAUUGUUAGCAAUGGGUUUGAAGGCAAUGGUGGCAAUGUGGCUUUAGGCAGCAUUGGCACAGAUGGUGGUGGGGAGAGGAAAGGAAUUGUCGGGAUAGUAGUUGGAAUGGAGGGAAUUGAAGGUAUUGUGUUUGGAAUGGUGGGCAUUGGAAUAGCUGGUAAUGGAGGUAGUGCCACCUUGGGGACGGUGGGCAUUGUUGGCAGUGUUGGGAAUUGGGAGCUUGGCAGCGGCGGCAACAUGGACUUUGGAAGAGUUGGCUGUGUUGGCAAUGGUGGCAAUGUGGGCUUUGGAAGAGUAGUUUUUGAUGGUGGUGGGGAGAGGAAAGGAAUUGUUGGGAUUGUAGUUGGAAUGAAGGGGAUUGAAGGGAUUGUGGUUGGAAUGGUGGGCAACGGAAAAGCUGGCAUCGGAGGUAGUGCCACCUUGGGGAUCGUGGGCGUUGUUGGCAGUGUUGGCAAGGGGUUUGUAGGCAAUGGUGGCAAUGUAGGCUUAGGAAGAGUUGGUUGAGU